AUGGCCCUCAAGGACGCCGGCGGCGGAGGGGUGAGCGGCGGCGGCGCCACUAUCCUGCCCAUCAGCGACAUGGUGUCGUCGUGCUCCUCUCCGUCGGCGCCGGGGGUCUGUGCCUUCCCUGAGGUGGUGGAGCUGAACGUGGGCGGGCAGGUGUACGUGACCAAGCACGCGACGCUGCUGAGCGUGCCGGACAGCACCUUGGCGCGCAUGUUCUCGCCCCGGCGGAGCGCCCCGCGGGAGCUGCCCCGGGACAGCCGCGCGCGCUUCUUCAUCGACCGCGACGGCUUCCUCUUCAGGUACGUGCUGGAUUACCUGCGCGACAAGCAGCUGGCGCUGCCCGAGCACUUCCCAGAGAAGGAGCGCCUGCUCCGCGAAGCAGAGUUCUUCCAGCUGGCCGAGCUGGUCAAGCUGCUGUCGCCCAAGGUGGCCAAGCAGAGCUCGCUCAACGACGAGGGCUGCCAGAGCGACCUGGAGGACGCCAACUCGCCCGGCAGCGGGGAGCUCCUGGUGGCGCCCCACCAGCGCAGCGCCGGAAGCGCCGGAGAGAAGCGCGCCGGCUUCAUCACCGUGGGCUACCGCGGCUCGUACACCACGGUGCGCGAGAACCAGGCCGACGCCAAGUUCCGCCGCGUGGCGCGCAUCAUGGUGUGCGGCCGCAUCGCCCUGGCCAAGGAGAUCUUCGGCGAGACGCUCAACGAGAGCCGCGACCCGGACCGCCCGCCCGAGAAGUACACGUCGCGCUUCUACCUGAAGUUCACCUACCUGGAGCAGGCCUUCGACCGCCUCUCCGAAGCCGGCUUCCACAUGGUGGCUUGUAACUCCACCGGCACCGCCGCCUUCAUCAACCAGUACCGAGAGGACAAGAUCUGGAGCAGCUACACCGAGUACAUCUUUUACAGACCACCACAGAGGACAGCGUCUCCCAAACAAGACCACGAAGAUAAGAAGCACGAAAAAGCUGCGGACAAAGGAAGUGAGAGUGGGACUUCCUGCAAUGAGUUGUCCACCUCUAGUUGCGACAGCCACUCUGGGGGCAGCACUCCCCAAGAAAAUGCUGCCAGCGCUCAGCAAUCUACAGGGCACCAGCCAAAUACUCUAACAUUGGAUCGGCCCUCUAAGAAAGGCCCAGCACAGUGGAUGCCUCCACCAGACAAACGCAGGAACAGCGAACUUUUUCAGACCCUCAUUAGCAAGUCCAGAGAAACAAACCUGUCCAAAAGGAAGGUAUGUGAGAAGCUAAGUGUUGAAGAAGAGAUGAAAAAGUGUAUUCAGGAUUUUAAAGAAAUCCAUAUUCCGGAUUAUUUUCCUGAACGGAAACGCCCAUGGCAAUCUGAACUGUUGCAAAAAUAUGGGCUAUAGUUUUUUCAGUAUUUUAUGACUUGUCGGUGGUGCAUUUGAUGUAUAUUAAGUUGCCAGUUUCUACUGAUGUAGUUCUUUUUGAUCUACUCAUUGGAGUGAUUCCUGCUGCUUAUUUCUUGCUGUGAACUGGAUGUUGGGUAGGACAUGGGUUGACCCUUUUUUUCCCUUCCCUUUUUCAAAAAGGAAGUAAUAAAACGAAACUAAAGCAUUAUGGAUUCUUUUUUAAUAGAUUAAAACGUGCAUGAUCAGGAAAUUUUGGUUUUCAAACUUCUCAUUUGUGAAAGAGAUAUAUCAUGAGAUCAUCAUUCAUCAUCCACAAUAGCAGUGAUACAAAAUUCCACUGGAUGGGGCUUAUGAUAACAGAAUUAAACAUGAACACUAUUUAAAAUGUUAAUGCAAUAAAGCAAAUGUCUAUUUUGCAUGAGCACAAUAGUUGACAAGUAGAUCACAAAAGAGCAAGAGGUUUGUCUGCUUGGAUAAAUAUUUUGUUCAAUGCCAAGACAAUCAAUGUAAAAUGUCUUUGGAAUUGAACUUUGUGAGGAUUUGUGUGUGGCUGUGUGUUCGUUUUGUAAGGAUGGUGUAAAUAUGCCUUAUACUGUUUUAUGAUUGCACCAACACUCAUCUAUUAAUGUUUGUCAGGACUAUUUCUGUGAAAUGCAACACCAGAUUGUGAAAACUGGUUUCAUAGUCUGAAAAGUUUCUGUUUUCAUGUUAGCCAACAAAGCUGGAAAAAUA